UGACGUACUUGACAGGCCUGGAGUUACGGCUUGACAACUCCAAGACUUCACGUCAGCCUGGAAAGGUUAUUUCCUGUUUUCUCAGAAACCUGGCUAUAGCGUGAUCAAAACACUUGCCCCGUUGAUUGACGGUUCGCCAGACGUCAUUAGCGUGCUUUGCCGGGCUACAUAAACGGCUGUGUCGGUACGCCGGCCGUCAGUUCACGGGACAAGAUGGCUGCUGCAGUGAUUCUUCUGGUCUGCUGUCUCUCUCUACAUAGUGUCUACGACGUUGGGGAGGCACGCCGGCCAGGGCAGUUUUCCUGGCCUCGUGGUGUCCCUCGUGGAAACCCGUUGUGGAAACGUUUCUGGGACCGUUUCCGUCCAAAACAACAGGUAACCACGGUUCCGCCGACUACAACAACAUCCCAACCGACUACGACGGCAACCAAGACCACACCGCCGCCCCCGGAUUUUCCGGUCCACGACAGUAGGGCGGUUAGUCUUUGCGAGACCAAGGAGUUCAUCAACUCGCUCUCGUGCAAGCUGGAGCGCGAAUAUCCAGACAUUCAAGAAGGUCUCCUCACCACGUUCGGGGAGAAGUUGUUCCUGGAGCCCGACCUGCGACCAGCGGGAUCGGAUGGCGCAGGAACGAGGUCGUGUGCUACGAUAAGAAAGCCGACUCUACAUGACAAGAAAGGAGAAGAGCUUGAGUUUGACGAGGAAUUUCCUGACAUACAGUGUGAGACGUCGACAUUCACGCCUAGUAUAGAUAAACAGACAGAAACAGAUCUUGUGCCUGAGGUCGGGCGGCCUGACCCAGAAACCGCCUUCAAUCCUUGCGGGUACUCCGCCACCAUGGUGUCGCCGAUCCACGCCGUCACGGUCAGCGGGGAGACGGUGGAACUUUGGGCGGGAAUACAGAGAGGAGUCGUCAGGCAGCAGAAGUUCCGGGAGGUGAAGUGCACCAGUUCGACCCCCAACCACCAGGGCUGCGAGGGCAGGUGUGUGGAGGAGAGCACGUGGCACAGGGCCAUCGUGGUCAAGUCGGGCGACCCUCCCAAGGUCGGUUAUGAUAUGAUCGUUGUCAAAGCAAGCUGCAGCUGUCACGUGAUUACAUCCAAGAACCUCUUCUCGAAGCAGGUCUUGAAGGUCACCCUGGAUGAAACAAAGCCACUUGAGACAAAUUCGGAUCGCGAGGCCUCUGAGACCUAAGCCUUAACCAACCCUGAACAAUAAAGACACGCGGGAACUCACGGCCUUGGUAUGGCGAGUCACACAGUAGGAAGAAGGCUUAGAACUCAGUAACGUUUCAUACAUAUCUUUCCAGAAGAAUGAGUAGUUUUCAAAGAAAGUUGAGAUCUUUAUAUUAUUUACAAUCAUGUAUAAUCAUGAAGAACAUGCGUGUACGUAAAUCACACUGUACUCUGCAUUUGAAUUGAAAAAUCAUUAUAUCAAUGACAUAAAAAA